UGCCUAUAUAGUAUAGUAAACAAAGAGCAUCUAUUUUUCUGGUAAUCUCACCUUCUUCUCGCCUCCCCAGCCUCGCGACAGCCUUUUUCUCUCAACCACUGUGUCUCCUUACGCCCAUUUCCUCACAACAUCCUUUUCCUCACCGCAAUCUAUUCCAUCAUGGCAGCAACCGAAGAGCCAGCGCCUGCCGUACGAGAGUCACCGUGGGAUGAACGUCCGCCAUUGGUACGCGCACUGGCAAACAAUGACAAGGACGAUAUAAGCUCCCUCUUGGACAGUGGCGAGGACAUCAACUUCAUGUGGACCGCCCAGUUACCCUUCAAAACGAGAAGGAGCAUCGAGGGAAUAUCGAUGUGCAGGUAUCCCAUUGAUUUCGCCGCUGCAGCAUCAAGCCUUGAGAUCGUCCAGUUCCUGGUCGAUCGUGGGGCGCGGCUCGACAUAUCCAACGCAUUGCACGCAGCGGCAGCUGCGGUCGGCUGUAGCGAGGAAGAUCAGAGUGAACGAGUAAAGGUUAUCGAGUUCCUUUUGACGCAGGGGAUGGAUAUCAAUAAGCUCGAGUUUGCUGGCGAGGAAGACUUUGCAAACCAGUAUUGGGGCAGGCCGUACGGAACCCCCUUACAUUAUGCGGCCUCGUGGGGAUGGCCGAAGAUAGUCGAAUGCCUGCUCGAUAAUGGGGCAGACCGGGAUGUCCACGCUGUUUCCUACAAAAGCAAGGUUGAUUAUGGCACAGCACUCGACUGGCAGAAAUCGAAUGAUCCGGAUGAGGGAAUGUAUAACAGACGUGUUUUGGUACUUCUGGGGGGCAAUGAAGAUAAAUUGUGAUGUCAUGAGCGCGGUCAGGUGACUCUAUAGGAUGGACCAUCGGGUGAUAGUUGCUUUCGUAUCGCAAGUUUUAUCAAAAGCAUCGGCUUUGUGGCCGUACUUGUAGUUAGCCGCGCUGCUGUCCAUGUAGUAUUUCUAUUUCAACCGCUCCUCUUUAUUUAUAGCCUAC